AUGGCGAAGAGGAAGAACAAAGUCAAGCGAAAUCCGAAGGGCAGCUCAGCUAGUUUAUGGUUUGUAAAAUUCCGCUUGUUGCAUCAGGUCAAGAACUUUCGUGGCGGGUACAUCAUCUAUAUCAAGCGUGGCAUCAAGAAGGGUGACAAGAUUCACGGGCAAAAGAAGGGAAAGAAAGGUGAAGCUGCCGCCUAUGUGACAAGAGCACAGGCUCUGGCGAAGUUGCAAAUUCCGCUGGCGGACUUCCGAAAGCUUUGCAUUCUGAAGGGAAUUUAUCCGCGGGAUCCCAAGAAGAAGGCCCAUGGCAACGACAAGACGUACUACCAUCAGAAAGACAUUGCCUUUUUGAGGCAUGAGCCAUUGCUCAGCAAGUUCUUCGAACUGAAGACUUUCAUGAAGAAGUUCAAGCGGCUGAUGGGUCGACGAGAAAUAAAAACUGCCAGGCGCUUCGAGGAGAGAAAGCCAAAGUACACGCUUCAUCAUCUUGUGCGGGAAAGGUAUCCAUCCUUUGAUGACGCUGUCCGUGAUUUGGACGAUGCUGUGAGUAUGCUGGCUCUGUUCCAGUCGCUCUCCGCUGAUCAGGCCAAGGACAUUCCGGUCGAGGCAAUUACCGAAGCAACGCAGCUGUAUCAGGAAUUCCAGCUGUACGUCAUUCGUGCACAGGCCCUGCGGAAAGUUUUCGCAUCAAUCAAGGGCUACUACUUCCAGGCAGACAUCCUUGGCCAUUCGGUGACGUGGCUGGCCCCGCAUCAGUUUGCACAGGAGCUUCCGGCUGAGGUCGAUUUUCGCGUCAUGUUAACCUUCCUCGAAUUUUACCGUGCCAUGGUCAAGUUUGUCAACUUCCGGCUGUAUGGCGAUCUUGGUCUCACAUAUCCGCCGAGGCGGGAUGCUGAGCUUGAGCGCACCUCAGCUGACGUGGCUGCCCUGGAGACGGAGAUGAGG